GCCGCUCGGUGAGCGCCAAUCCAGCCCUGCUCCGGGUGUAGCACCGGUUGGUGCCUCCGGCUCUUCUGGUACUCCUCAGAGCCCCGUGGCCGAUGCAAUGAUCUUCAAGCGGAGCAUCACCUUCCCGGCGCCGGGCAUAAAGUCGAACUUUCUGAUGCCCAUGGCCGGCAGUGGACCGGUAGCGUGUGGAGCAGCAUCGGAACCGAUCGAUUCGCCGCUCGACUCUCUCGUUGAUAACGUUGGUGGUGUCGGAACCAGACAUCACCUCCUACACCAGUACCGCGAGGAGCACCAGCAGCGGACGGUUAGCGUGGAAAAUAGUAAACCGAAGGUGCGCCACGUACGCCUCAAAGCGACCGCGGUUGCUGCGGCAGUGAAUACUGAGCUGAUCAAUCAACUGCAGGCGAUCGAUUCCGAUUCGGAGUUUAGCGACGAGUCGGGUUAUGUGGAGUUCCAGGACAACCAACCGUCAAUCAAAUCGGUGACGGCCUGAUGUUGCACCUCGGACGAUCCGACCGAUCGUUAGUGUCCUUCCCUUCCCUCUCCCUUUCCUUGUUCGCUUUACAUCGGUGGAUCAGCUGGGAUGAUGAUUACUACUUUUACUUGCUACACCUAAGUCUGCUUACUAUGGUCUAAUCUAAGAUUACGUUAAGUAGAAUGUUACACCACCCCCGGGGGAGUGGGGCUAUAGGAUUUACAUGUUUAUUGGCUACCAAGUUCCAAUGUAACGCCCCUUGUGCUUAACGAGGAAUGAAGGAUGGAGAGUCGGCUUACCAACGUUACCUGCUGAAUGUCUGCCGCAGACGCAGUUUCCCCGGCCCGGCUUUUCCCGUUGGUUUUAGAAUUUAGAAGAAGCUAUCGUUGUUCGAACACACCCACCGCGCACUGGCACCUGACCGUAGAUGAUGCUCCUCAGCUUCCGAAGGGUGGCAGUCGAAGAACGAUAGCAUUGGAUACCAAAUAAAUUAUUUGUAAUCAUAAUGACGAACCCCCAACCGUGCCGUGGGACCGUGGGUAGUCGGUUAAUUGUUUUCCCCAUAUUUUUGUUUUUUCGGUGUUAGCGCCACAAUUUAUCGCACAACCGUUAUAGCGCUGCUGGUACUGAUUAUUGCACCAGAAAUCUCAACCAACGUUCAGACCACAUUCAAAUGGAACUGCGGUCUGUUAGGUGUGGUGCACAUCAUCUCAAGCAUCCUCUUAGGCAAAACCACCACAGCACAUGUUUUGGCGGUUACUGCAAUCUCGUACACGUACAACCACCUUUGCCGCCGAUGGAGCCCAAGAGAAGGCCCACGACGAGCAACCACCCACUCUGCUUUACAUGCAUUACACAACAUGGGAACAAGGGAACAGUAUAGUUAGCCUCUAGCGUUUUAAGGUACUUCAUAUACUAAGCUAAGCGUGAAGUUGAUGCAAAUGAAGGUGCGACGAUUGAUAGCCGUUCACCGGAGGAUAUUAUUAGGGGACCCAGGGAAACGUUGUUGGGUGUGUCCCCGUCGUUCGUCAUGAUCCAGUGGAGCAGGAGACCGGGAAGGAUGUUAUUGAUGUUGAGGAGGAUUGUUUUUGUUUGUUGGGGUAAACGAGAGAGUAUAUUUAUUGAGACCCAUGUUCAAACAGGCGACCGUUCGACUUGUACUAUCUCCGUGAACCGUUUGUAUGAAAAAGGAACCUUUCCGUGGCAACAUGGCUGUUCUGAAAUAAACGUUAAUAAGAGCA